AUGGGCGGCAGCCUGUCGAGUGCGUGCUUUGUUGUGUACCAUCAGGUGACAAAGGAGUCUCCUCAGCCACCCGUAGCAGAAGCUCAUGCUGCUGCCAAAGAAGGAACGGCCAGCACCUCCACAGCUCCAGUUGAGGAUUCUUUGGCGUCUUCGUCCAGGGCUUCUUCUGCCUCGCAGCUCUUGCCUUCGGGAGUCACGCCGUCUCAGGAAAGUGGAUCAGUUGAACAAACACGACUUGCUAAGAAGCCGAACCCGACCCUCGAAGUCUGCAGGGAAAUAUUGAAGAAGCCAUGGCUCGCCAAGGAGGAUUUAGACGAACUUGUAACGCAAACAGAACGCCUGUGCGGACAGGGGUACCCUCUGUAUGCUAUAGAAACACUAGGGACGAUUUUUAUUGUCUUCGAUACAUUGUACUGUGCAACAGAAGUACUGGGGGACCCCUCGCUGAAGGAUGUUUGGUUGCCUCGUUUAGUUCGUCGAACAGAAGGUAUAAGGUUCACCCCAAAGCAAUCGUUCCUUAUCAAUGAUAAAUCCACGAGAAAUGCAGAGGUUGCGCGCACGCUGAGUGUGGCGCUGGAGUACUAUAGAAGAGGCUCCCGCCCUCCAGCUCGAAUGGUGGUCGGCUUGAAGGAAGCCCUGUUCUGCGAACCUGCCUCAUCGAAGUUCAAUGCAGAACAGUGGGACCCGUGGAGGGCUGACGCGGAAGACUUUAGAGAGUCCAUAGAGUCGAGCCUCGCAGAAAACAAAUGA